UGCAUGCCACGCCGGACGGUCGCUUCUCUGCCAAAUACUUCGUCGACGCUUGAGCGUUCGCCGCAUUGGCUUGCACGGUACUCGCGUUUGUUUGUUUUUUUCGCCUCUUAUCUGAUGGAAUAGCUCGCUGGAUCUCUGCAUUGCCAGGCGCAUCACGCACGACGAGUGUCGCGUAAGGUAGCUUCAAAGUAAGUGACGCUGCUGUGUUAUCUUCUCUUUCACGACAGAAAAAGUAAAAAACAUCCAAAAUGAAUAUAGGAUUGGAAGAAAACGAUAGUUUCGAUCUCAGUGGAGAUUUCAACGAUGCUCUGUCGCUAAUAGCAGCAGCAGAGAGAGAAUAUACAGACGGAUCCAACGACAAUAAUUACAACAAUCCGACUAUUCAGCAAGAAAUGUGUAUUACAUCCGAAUGUUUUAUCCAAGAAGGAGAUCAAAAUAUACUGGACAUUGAGCAAUUGAUGUCUGAUCAACCGCAGAUAAUCAAUUAUCAACAACAGUUUCAAAAUCAAAAUAGUCAAUCAAACCAACAGCAGCAUGAACAACAACAGCAGCAAACUUUUGCUUAUCCUCAACAUUUUCAAAAUCUAGCACCUCAAUCAUACCAAGAAGCGCCUCAAAUUCACGACCAAGCAGUUCUGGCUGGCCAGUUCGUACCUCAUGCUCCCCAACUUGAGCAUCAAACUCCCCAACUCGUGCCACAACCUCUUCAUCUUGCGCCUCAAGCUACCCAAUACGCGCCUCAAGCUACCCAACUCGUGCCACAAACUCCUCAUCUUGCGCCUCAAGCUACCCAAUACGCGCCUCAAGCUACCCAACUCGUGCCACAAACUGCUCAUCUUGCACCUCAGCCUACCCAAUACGCGCCUCAAGCUACCCAACUCGUGCCACAAACCCCUCAUCUUGCGCCUCAACAUACCCAAUUCGCGCCUCAAGCUGCCCAAUUCGUGCCUCAAGCUACCCAAUUCGCGCCUCAAGUUCCUCAUCACACGCCUCAAGUUCCUCAUCACACGCCUCACGUUUCCCAGCUCGUGCCUCAAGUAGCGGAGGUUACGUCUCAAGAUCUCAACCAAGCACCUCAAAUCCACAACCAGACUGCUCAAGCUGGCCGGGUUGUACCCCAAGCUUCGCUUCAAACCAUGCAGGUGCGUCAGGGUGCGUCCCAACUCGAAAAACAGGCAGCUGAGACGGAGAAAACGAUGGAUUGCCUGCAGCAACGGUACCUGGCUCAGCGAGCUAAGAAGAAAACGGUGAAAAUGACCCCGGAACAGCAACGCCUUCUAACUGCCUACCAAAAUAUGUACCAACGCCCGACGAAGACGCAGAACCAGCAGCAGCCACAACCCCAAGGAAACGUCGAGGCCCUGGCCCCUUCGACGUCGGCUGUCGGCGUGUCGCAGGACGCUAACUCGAUGCCGCCGCCGCAACCUCAAGACAGUCCGGACACUACCGAUCAGCAAAUGCAGUCGGCCGAGCGAACCUCCAAGAAGCAGUCGAAGCCGUACAUCGAGAUUGUGGAGCAGCCGGCCCCCAGGGCAUCGCGCUUUCGAUACAACUGCGAGGUUCGCUCAAUGGGGAGCAUUCCCGGCGUUCACAGCACGCCCACCUCCAAGACCUAUCCGACUAUUCGCAUCGUUGACUACAAGGGCACAGCCGUCAUCGUCGUGUCUUGCGUGACCAAAGACAAGCCCUAUCGCGCCCAUCCGCACAAUCUCGUCGGCAGAAUGCUAUGCAAGAACGGCGUGUGCAGGGCCAUCAUGUCGAACGGCCAGUCGAGCUUGGCCUUCGACAGGCUUGGGAUACAAUGUAUCAAGAAGAAGGACGUGUACGAUUCCCUCGUUAUACGGGAGAAACUCAAAGUCGAUCCUUUCAACAAUGGUUUCCAGGGAAAAGAAAAUCCUGGCAUUUUCGAUCAGAAUUGCGUGAGACUCGCUUUCCAGGCUUACCUCGAGGGACCGGCGAAAGGACAAUUUAAAAUAGCUCUGCCACCGGUGGUUAGCGAUCCGAUUUACGAUAAAAAAAAUAGUCCAGAACUGUUGAUAUACAGACUCAGUCACUGUUGCGCCCCAGCGACCGGCGGACAAGAUAUGAUAAUACUUUGUGACAAAGUCACGAAGGAGGAUAUCCAAGUGAGAUUUUACGAAGAGCGCGAUGACGAUCUUGUGUGGGAGGCAUACGGUGAUAUGUGUAGAUCGGGUGCAGUUCACAAACACUUCGCCAUAGUUUUCCAAUCUCCGAUAUACAAGAUAAAAGAAUUCAAUGAACCGAAGCGCGUCUAUAUCGAGCUGAUUCGUCCGUCUGAUGGGCUGUGUAGUAAUUCCGUACCGUUCGAGUUCAUUCCUGUCAAUGAUCCAAUAGGAUUGAAGAGAAAGCGAUCGCGACUUGACGACAGAAUUCUGAAACAUCUGGAACAGCUGCAACAAAGCGGUCGCGUCAAUCAGUGGAAUAUACCGGCCGAGCCUACUAUCGACGUGGUAGAAGCCCAUUAACUGACUCAACAAGUUACUAUAUAAUCUUAAAAUAAUACUCAAUAAGACAAAUUUAGCAAUUUAUUAUUUUGAGCUGUGAUAUGAUGAGAAGUUCAUUCUGUCAAUUAAACGACGCUUUAUAAUUGAAGCUGAAAAGACAGUAAGUAGAACAAGAGGGUCAUGAAGAUUUUUUUAUUACCUUUACUUAUUGUUUUAUUAUAAUAUAUACUUAUUUUAUAUGAACAUCUGCAAACAUCCAUUGCAGUUAACGAUCUUAUUGUUUAUCCAUAUAUAUAUAAUUCAUAAAUGUGAUAUUUUAUAUAGCAAGAAAUGAAUCAGUUGUUAUCAAUCUCAAUAUGCUUCAUUUUAUCCAUAUAAUUAAUCAUUUUGCAAAUCGAAGGAUUUUUUUGUUUGUUUCCUGCGUUGAGCAGAAUUCUGAUCUUAUAUGUAACAUAUUAAUAAUAACCGGAAAAAUUUGCAAAUUAAAACCACAGAUGGUACGUUGAAGCGAAUAAAACAAUUUUAACAAAGAAAAUAAAAAUAUUGUGUUUAUCGAAGAUGUGUCUGGUAUCACGGUUCAUUUACCGAUUUCUUCCAUUGUCAUUAAAACGCUGCCAACUGCUUUGGUGGAAUACUUCUAUAGAAAUAAGUAUAUGCUAAAUUAUGUUUUUAUCGUCAAAAAUCGAUGAUUUUAUUUUUUAUUUAGCGUAAGCUUGUAACAAGGUGCUUUGUACCAAAAAAAUAUUACUAUAUA